CGGUACAACAACCUGGUGGUGACGGUGGGCCAGUUGCUGGUGUUUGAUUUUAAAGGCACUACACUCAUCUGCAAAGCACUUGAGAUAGAAACCAUUUCACUGGACAAAUUGCUGGCGGGUGGCAAGGAGGAGGGCCACAAGAACUCGCGCGGACUGCUGAUGUCACAGACGUCCAUUGGCUUCGAUAAG